UCGGGUAUUGACGAGGAAAUGGAACGACUCAUAGCCGAAGUGAUUCUGCAGAAAUGGAGCAACGAUAAACGCUUAUUUGCAUCCGAUCAUAAUGAAGAUAAUCAAAAUCCGAACGAUCCAUGCUGCUCAAAAGAUUUGACAAUAUCGGCCGAGAAUCCAGUUUAUCGUGGAGAAUUAUCAUCAUCUGCUAGUCAGCAACCAAUCGCACAAUCGACCACUCCAGGUUUGGAUUGUGCGAAAGUGCGUUUACUAUCCGAGCAGUUGUGGCGAAGGCUGGAACGAAAAUACGAGUUGAAACUACAGGCGUGGAAGAAGAGCGAGGAAAAACAACUGGAAGAAAUGUUGGAGAAGCUGAGGGCAGAAUACAAGCAAAGUAUUGAUGCAAAACACACACAAUACGCAGAACUGGCUUCACGUAAAGAGGAUGAACUAAGGAAGUUGGAGACACGCUUGAAGGAGGAUUUCAGACUGGAACAAGAGAAAUACCAAUUGAAAUUGCAACAAGAAUGGCGUCUUAUCGAAGCCGAGAAACGUGACUUACGAGCUCAGAAGGAUCAAUUGGAAACGGCGAAGUCGAAUUUCUCAAUAAAGAUGCAACACGAAGAGAUGUGUCUGAAACGUGAUCAGACUGCAUUGACACGUAUGAAUGAGACGUUGUUGGAGCGUAAAAGGAAACUGGAUGAGGCAGUGAGGGAAAAGGCGAUUAGCAAAGCGGGACAAAUACAGGAGAAUUGGUUGAAUGAAAUGGUGAAUGAAUGGAAUGAAAAAGAGGCGAAACUAUCUCAAAAAUGCAGUCAACUCGCCGAACGCGUGCAACAAAUGAGUGAACUUCCGAACAAGAUUCGGCAGCAAGAUGAGAUCAUUCAGCGUUUGAAGGUGUUUUGA